UGCUUAACACAACUCAUGUUACUGCAACUUCAGACACAAAUGUCCAGGUGAUGACUUGAAGUCUACUGCUUCUUGAGGUCCGGAACUCUCUGGUUUCUGUCACACAGACUCAGCCAUGAGCCAUGGCUACAAAACUUCACUCAUUUUCUUUCACCAAACCCACAAAUUCUUCCCAUCUCAUCUCAAUCAAGCUGCCCUCCUUCCAUUUUCAUCCCAAGCUUUUGCCAUAGCUCACCCCCAAAAGCCUCCUUAAACCCCAUAAAUCUGGUUUCCCCAAUUACCCAUCAUGUUCCAUCAACAAUUCUUCAUCUGGACUGCUACAGAGAUUGCAGAGGCUGUCCAAGGCAGAAUAUUGAGAUGGGGACCUCCUGGUUCCGUUUGUAGAGACACCAGAAAUCUAGAAUCAACCCAAUGGUUCUUCACGAUUAAGGACGAAAAGUUCUAUGACCAUCAGUUCGUAACCCCUGAAUUGUCCAAAAGAGGAUGUGUCGGAGUGAUUUGAACUCGAGUUUGCGAAAAUUGGGACAAGGGUUUGUUCAGAUUAGUGGUGAGACUCUGGUUUCUUUGAUCAAUAUGACAAAUUAUGCGAGGGAGAAGUUUCUUGGUACACUAAUAGGGGUUACUGGCAAUACGGGGAUAACUACUACAAAAGCUAUGAUUGCAUUAUGUCUUGAGGGUUUAGACGAGGUUUAUCAAAGUCAUGGAAAUUGGAAUAAUAGAAUUGGGGCGGCUUUGUCAUUGAUCGGGCUUCCUAGGAGUAUAAGGGUUGCAGUCUUGGAGAUGGGAAUGAGUGGAAAGGGACAGAUUCUGGAGUUGGCAAAGAUGGGUAGGCCCAAUAUAAGUGGUAUUUUGAACGUUGGUGCGUCACAUUUAGAGAACUUUGGCAGCUUGGAGGAAGUAGCAAUGGCCAAACGGGAAAUUCUAGAGGAAGCAAUGCCCGGGGAUGUUGUAGUCUUGAAUGCUGAUAAUCCUCUUGUAACGGGUCUUCAUGUUCCCCCUCGAGUCAAAAAGAUGUUUCUCAUGGCCUAGCUGUACUUCUCGCCUUUUCAUUCAUCAACAGGUCGGCAAUUCACAAGAGUCCAGUUUUUGAGCUGCAGAGCAAAUCACCAUUGAAUUCUUCACACAGUCCAGCUUUUGAGUUGCGGAGCAAAUCA